CCACAUUAACAUACUGCAACGUUUCAGACAAUUAUACAAACAUGAUAUUUUCAUAGGCGUUGUCAUUCAGUGCAUUUCAUUCACGGCUUUUCGGCCUUCCAAUACCGAAGAUGCGCGCUUCCAUCGGGGCAGUGUGACUGUCUCCAAAGUGGCCAAAAAGCCGAUAAAUUGACGGGACACGUUUGACAUUCACCACGUUAAGGAACUUCUUACCAUCAUAAUGUUCCGCCUUGCACCAAGCAGAAGAGGAUUUUCUAGGUGUUUCUCAAGUAUCCCGUUCGAUACGAAGCCGUUCCCGUUCCGCCGUUUUGAACCAUGUUGCCCAGACGCAGCUACCGCGGUUGAAAAUGGAUUCGUGCCGUGCAAGCAGCACCCAUUUCCCAAUGUCAUUGGCAAAAAAGUGGAUUUCGAAAGCGACAUGGUAAGAUUACCCACUACCAAUCGCCACAUGGUGGUUUGUGUCGGAGAAGAAGGACCGGAAUGGCACAAGGCUAAGGUGGAAAAGGUCAAACUCGGCAUGGUUCAAGCUGUUGAAAACAUCAAACAUCGAGAGGCCAAGGCAUUCCAUCAUCAUGACAGGACACAAUUACCUCCGGGUAGUAACACACUUCUGACCGUAUGUGAUCGUGAACGGAUACAGGGCGAUAAAUUUGACCAGCCAUGGCCAGCGAGCGAUGUCCUUCUAUUUCCAGCUUUCCAUGUCGCCAAAGCCGUAGACCCAUUGAAGCCAGAAUUCUCCAGAAUAUUAGACGCCAUUUGGGCACCCGAAAAAGAGGAUCUCGACAAGGUCAAAGAACAUGUUCAAGUCGAGAAUUUGGCCGAUACCACUCAGGCUGUGGUCCUGGUUUGCACGCACCGAAUGCGGGAUGCUCGGUGCGGAGUGUUAGGGCCUAUCCUGGUCGACGAAUUCAAGCGGUGUCUCAAAGCGAAAGGCCUGCAUGGAGAAGAAGCUAAGAAGCUAGGAAAACAUGUAGAUGUCUACGGCACAAGUCAUUUUGGAGGACACAAAUUUGCGGGCAAUUUGAUCAUCCAUUCACCUUCACUUGGAGGUCAUAUGUACGGCAACGUUAGAGCUUGCCAUGUAGAUACCAUCAUAGAUCGUCAUAUUAUAGAUGAAAAAGUUAUCCGGGAAAUAUGGAGAGGUCCAGUAUAAUAGCAUUGGAAGCCAAUAAAAGACAGGAGUCCGCACAACUCCACCAAAAUGGU